UCUGGCCUCUGCUACACCGCCGUCAACCGCCGUCCAAAACGACACUCGUCAGUGACUAUUGCAGUUGGACGAGAUUUGAGUUGCGAUCCGAAUCUACACUUGUUGCAAGCCUACUUCUUGUGUUUCUGUAAUCCAGGUCGAGAUCGAGCUGUUCUUGUUUAUAACAUUGGCAUUUCAUGGACGUCGUGGCUGCUGGUGAUUUCAUUCAGACACAAUUCGGACUACUGGAUUGAUUCUGGUCGGGAGUUGUUUUGUGUACAUUCAGUGAUCGCGAGUUUCAGCGCGGCCCGAUAAGAUGUAGGUAGAUAAAGUUGUUAAUGAAUUUCAUUGAUGGCACGUGAUUGAGUGUAUCUGUAAGCGUUGGUGGAAUUUCAUCUGUUAAUUCCUGGACCGCUGACGGUGGUAGAAAAAUAAUCAAGAAAGAUUACUCUGCAAAACAGUUCAUCACGAGUUGCGUACAUAAAACAAAAGACAGUCAUGCUAUCUUUGGAGUCGUUAGUGACUAGCAAGUCCUGUGUUGACGCCAUUUGUGUAAUUAAAGCUGGAAUUGAUGUAUAGACAUCUGUUAUCAGCCGGUCUUUUGACUCGCCACUCGGAUACUAUGUGUUCUUGGUUGCUGGACUAGAGAGCUGUGAUUUAAUAGCCAGGAGUUUGAAACAUGGGCACCUGGCUCAGGAGAAACAAUUCAAAGAAAUAUGUCUUCGAGCAUGAAGAGGAAAGCAUGGACAAGAUUCUUGAAGGUGUCAUAGAGUCCCAACAGCCAGAGGGUCUCAAACUGGCCCUCAUCAACCGUAUUUGUGAUCAAGGCUCUGUGCCUGAUCAUCCUGCUGCUACGGUCAAAGGUAUUUUUCAGGUGUCUUCCAAGUGGAUCAUGCAUGGUACCACCACCUUGCAGGUGUCCUCAGGCUUUAAGUUACUUUAUGCAUGGGGCAUCCAUAACUUGGACAGUUUCCAGGCAUUCUUCACACCCUCCUACGUGGCGCAGGUUAUGGUGCCGGGAAUUGGUGUAGAUGGAAAUGCUCCGCUGUUGAUACGUGAAGGUUUACGUGUGAUCAGCCAAGGGCAGUUAUAUAGCUACAGUGAACACUCCCAGAUGGUCCAGAAGAGUGUGGUCAAGUUCCUACACAGCACAUCGGAUCGUCUGGUAGUCCGCAACAUUGGUCUCCUUCUGCAAGAGUUCACUGAGUGCAUCCCCACCGAAGAGAACCGUGUGAUCGACCUUUGCCUUGCUGUGCUGCAACGCAUGAGCAGGUUUUCACCCCCACAAGACGGCACUGAGGUUAUCAGGUUCAUCAAUUUAACUGAUGAGAUUGGAACAUUUCUCAGUUUCCUAUGGAAGCUUCACCCUGGAACCAUCAGCAUCUGUUUGGAAGAGAUCUUUAAGGCUAUUUCUACUCCCAGAAUAGAGACAGAAGAUUCAGCCAUCAAUUUUGCAGCUGUAGUGAAACACAUACCAAUAGACAGGGCACAUAGAGCUGUAAAAGAUGUUUUGGAUGACUCUGUCCCUGACGCCUCUAUUGCUGCUGCUGUUGGACAGAUUGUGGAGUGGCUCAAGUGGCCUACAGCAGCCAAUGUGGAUCUGUGGCUGUCUUGUUUUCUGAAAGAGGUGACCCUGAACAAAAAGUUUAGCCUGCUGGCUCAGAUCACUACAGAUAACAUUGAACAGGUUGUGGAAAACUUGUCUGUACCGCCCGUCAGACACGCCUCCUUUAAGGUCCUCUCCCAGAUGCUGCUAAACUACCAUCAUUCACCAAAACCUUUCCACAAGGCUCUAGAGAAGAUUCCCAGUGUUGUGACCAGUCUAAGGAAAGAAGCCAGCGCUCACAGUCUAAGUCUUCUGGCCAAGUUGGCUGAGUUGAUGUACUGCCUGAUGUACCAGCACACUGGAUUCCCAGAGCUGUAUGAGCCAGCGCUGGAGCUGAUCAAGGACUUUCCGCCCUUGAGUCAAGAGGCCAUUAAGCAGAUGCAGACUAAGUGGUCACCGCAUGGGACCGAUUCUGAAGUUCCGGAAGAAACUGUGGCUAGCAUUGCACUGCACAGCUCAGUGGCCAACCAGAAGCUAGAGCCUGGCAAGACUGGCCUGGAGAACCUUGGCAACACCUGCUACAUGAACAGCAUCCUGCAGGCCCUAUACAUGUGUGACCAGUUUAGAAGAGGUGUGCUAAAUAAAGCGCCUUCUGGGAAAGAAAGUUUAUUGGUCAAAUUGCAACAUGUUUUUGCUUCCAUGUGUCAAUCAUCUCGACCAGCCAUUGCUCCCACAAAGUUUCUACAAGCUUCAAGGCCACCAUGGUUUCAGCCUGGUCAUCAGCAGGAUUGCUCUGAGUUUCUGAAGUACCUCCUGGACCAGCUCCACGAGGACGAGAAAACCAAUGUUUUAAACCGAUCCAUCAGCAAGAGCCCUUCCAGCAGCUCUCUCAGCUCCAAUAACAGCUACAAGAUUUCUGAAGGCUCCCUUGGAAAGAGCAGCAAAAAAGCAGCUGUCAUGCUGACUGGUAUUAAGAUGAUGUCAGAUGAUGAGAUGAACGGCUGUAGCAGUCCAGACUCUGACAAAGUGCCGAUGCAGCCGUUGACGCUCGUAGAGAGCACAUUUAGAGGAAGAAUGCAGACCACCGUUCGGUGCCUUGGGUGCCGGCAAGAGUCUCACAGGGUGGAAACCUUUUCCGACAUCCCUCUGGCAUUCCCCAACUCAUCAAAAUCAAUAGACAGACCUCACCAGACAUUGGCUGGUGGGAGUGGCCUGCCUUGCGGCCUCCCAGAGAGCCCGCAGUCGGACAAGACCUUGGAUUUUAACUCCAGUCAAGAGUCUAGCAAACCACCCAGUAACAGCUUCACCUUGAAUGACCUUAUUUCUUUUUACCUAAAGCCAGAGAAGUUAAUUGGGGACAAUAAGUACCACUGUGAUAACUGCCGCACUUUGCAAGAUGGGGAGAGGAGGAUUCAGAUUCUGGAAUCACCUCAAUACCUGAUUCUAACUCUGUUGCGAUUCUCCUAUGACACUAAGCUCCAGUCUAGAACAAAGAUAUUUCAGGAUGUGCAGUAUCCUCGCACCCUGGCUGUUCCAGUCUGCAAAGCUGUUCCUGUCUCUCCCAUGGAUUCUAAAUCCAAUCCAUUUAGUAGAAUGCAUUCCAGGUCUGGCAGCCAGACUGCAUUGGUCACCACUAAAAGUUCCAGCCAGUUGUCUCAGCUGGAGAACAUCGCCCAGCGCCUGGCACCUCCUUGCGAAGGAGCAGCCCCCGCUCCGGAGCACUGUGACCUCUACGGACUGUCAGCUGUUAUCAUCCACUCUGGAACGUCCUCAGAGUGUGGCCAUUACUAUUGCUAUGCUCGGCACUCUCAGGCAGGUCAAAUUGACCUUAGCUUGUUGGACAGAGUGACAUCUGUUAGCAACUUGGAUAACCUUGACCUACUCCCAGACAAAUGGUACAACUUCAAUGACAACAGAGUCUCUCAUGCUCACUUUGAAACAUUUAGCAAUUUGACCAAAAGAUUCUCAAAGGACACAGCCUAUGUUCUCAUCUACCGCAAGAUUGAUACUGAGCCUACUAGUGUGAGCUUCAUCUCUGAGCCCCCUCUCAGGCCUGACUUAAGAGAUGCAGUUAUUAAAGACAAUGAGACCUAUAUGAAGGAACAGGAAGAAGAAGCCAGGAGCUUAGCAGCACAGCGGAAGCGGUCUUCAUCAGUAAACUCCACUAACCUAAGGAACUGGAGGGGAGAUGAUGAUGAUGAUGAUGAUGACAUUAGCAAAGGUGGACCCCCAGGUUGCAGGGGUGGCCUCGGAGAUAUGGACACCACAGGCUCUAGAUUUGUGUUUUGACCUCCUCUUUCAUUUUCACACCCUGUGUCUUUCUUGGUGCAAAAUAAUUUGCAUAAUAAGACAAUAUUAGAUGACUUUAAAGUGGCUUUGAUCCCAAUCGUGGGGUUGGUUAAUGUAUUUCUACUUUGCUUCCAGAGAUCGCAGACUAAAAACUGAUGAGUAUAAGCAAUAGUGUCGUUGCUACCAAGGUCUGUAACUCAUUUUUAUGCUGAAUUUAAAUGGAGAGUAAUUACUUUAAACUUAACUGUACGUGAAAAUUGAAAGACUUUAUAUUUAAAGCAAAAGGGUAUCAGCAUCUGUUCAACUUGCAAUUGGCUUUAGAGAACCUGUAAACUGGAUUCAUUUCAUGUGAUCCACAUUUUCAGAAUCUGAACUGGAUUCAUUUCAUUUGAUCCACCCUUUCAUAAUGUGAGCUGGAUUUAUUUCAUGGGAUCCACAUUUUCUUAUGAUUGUUAUAUUUUCUUCAUAACAACAUAAGCUUACUUGUAGGGCCUGCAUUUCUAAUUUAUUCACAUCCCCUUUUGCCUAUAUUGUGUAUAAAGAACCAUGUGUAUAGCUGUAUAUUUCACACAAGUAUAUGAUUUUGUGAUAAUUUUUUUUUUUUUUUGCAACAACAAAAAUAUGUAAAAUAGCGAAAACCAUUUCUAAUAAAGAAAUAUCAUUUUUAGGAACUAUUUAUAGUGCUCUAAUUUGCAGGUGCAUGAAGAUGUUUGACAAUAGAGCUUUGAUGUUCUUGUUUUUUGUUUUUUCAGUUUUGCAUUUAAACCAGAUUAUAUGAUUUUAAGUUAUAUUAUUCAUUAUGUAGUCAUUAGUUUUCAGACUGUCUCAUUAGAUCAAGAAUCAUUAGGCUAAUCAGUUUGGUUUCUUAGAAGUUUGAAUGUUAAUGAAUUAGCUACAUCUCUUUAAGAGGUCAACCUCAUCUCCUCCCCUGACCUUAAGGGUCUGCCCAAUUAAAAAAAUGUGACAAUUAAAAUGUACUUGUAAUCAGAACAAAGCCAUUAUCAAUUGCAAACAUUGCAUGUACUUUUGUAACACUUGUAAUGUAGUACACUUUAAUGUACAUACAUCACAUUUUCUUACUUUAUACUAGUAAUGUACACUUCAAUGUACACAUGUAGGCCUUUCUACUUUUUAUAUAUCAAUUAUCACAUGGAGUAGUAUCCUGAUACUGUUCAUCUUCUUUUUUGAAGUAACGUCUGUAUUACAUAAGAUAAGAUAAGAAUCUAGAAACAAUAAGACUGUAUACUUUCUGAUCAUCCUCUAUUUAUUAAGAUAACAGAAAUUUCAGGGAGGUUCCUGUUUUUUUUUAAAUAAUUGCAGAAAACAGUUGAGCCACUGGCUGAGCACAUUUACUGUGAAUUUGAAAUGUCCCAAGUGGCCAGAUAAGGUUUUCUAUGUUUUGACUUUAAAGGCAUUGUGUAAAGCCAAUUGAAAUACCCAUUUCAAAUCAUGGAACUUGUCUAGGACUUCCAUUACUAUAUAAAUGUUUUUGAAUGUGUUGUAUAUAGAGCAAUAUUUGAUAUAGUGAAGUUUAACUUUAUAUUUGUUUAUUUAUAUAUGGGAAACAUUACUUUGUACUAUAAAACCCCAUAUCAAUUAAAACGGUUUGUUAUGGAUUAUUAGUUAGCACAUUGUUAACAAUGUUCCCUGCAGUAUUCUGAGCAAGCUUUCAAAUGCUCAUGUCUCAUUGCUGAUUGUAAGCCUACCACUAGAGUUGUAUUUAUUUCAGUCUUAAUCCUAUUUAUAAUGUACACAUCAGCAUGUCUGCUCUUCUUUGAUUCAUUACUUCCCUUGCACUGCAAGCAGGCAACCAUUAUAUAGUGAUGAAACACAAUGUUGAAAGCUUUGUAAAUAAUAUUCAGACUAUCCCAGAGCUUUAUUCUUAUAUUUAUAUAUUACUAAGAUCUAUAAUAGCAAUAUUUUCUUCAUAAAUAUGUUGUAUUUGCACUAUACUUACUCAGAGAUGUAAUCUUAAGUACUGACUAGGGCAUAGAGAAACCAAUCCACAUGAAGACUAGAGACCUUCAACUUUCUUUGACUUUUAAUUUUUAGUGCGAUCUGUCAUCAACAAAAUUGUCUACCUCAUUGUUUCUCUUGUACACAAACAAACAUUUUUGAACCAAGUGUCAACUUUCUAUCAGAAGAUUAGGGACAUCAACAGUGGAGGACAAAUCUGAAACUUUGUCUGGUGUGAAUAAAAAUGUCAUUAUUAUCUGAGUUUGUUUUUUUGAAGAGGCUCUACUAUUAAAUUGUAGUUAUUUAUGCUCUAAGGUAGAGACGCCUAAAAAUGGCCUGUAAUGGGAGGUUAUCCUGCCCCCUCCAAAUGCCUUUCCACAGUGAAGAUAAAUUCUCCCCCUCCUCCCCCCCCCCCCCCCCCCCACCAAAAAAAAAUAUUGAGUCACUGAUAUGGUGAAUGAACAAAAACUUCAUUAUUUGAGUGAUUAACAUGAUACUAGUGAAUGGUAUGGCCAGUUAAUGAUAUGCUAGAUUGGUUUCUCAUCUGAAAUAAACUGCUGCAGUUGUCACUAACCUGUAUUUGAAACUACAUUAGACUUUGACAGCUUGUUGAAAACAGUAGAAAAUUAUAUAUUUUUCUAGUCAGGAUAGAUAACCUGCAAAUGGAAAUCUGGCUUCCUAAACAAAAGGUAUUUAAACAAAGUAGACAAGAUGUGUUCACUGGGUGAUUUGUUUACAUGGGUGAUUAAUUUUGUAGGACUGUCCUAAUAUGGCACCUGCUGAUGUGUUAUAAAUAUAAAUUAUGAGGGAUUUUCUCACUCUCUUUCAGCUCUUUAUCUUUCCAUUUUUUAUCAUUCCUCCCUCUACAUUUCCUUCACCUCCCUCAUUUCUUCUCUCAUUACCUCCCUCGCCUCUCUCACUUCCGAUUCCAAUUUUUUAUCCCAAGCUGUCCUUGGUAAUGUUAUUUCAUGUUGUGCAAACCAAUGUGCCAACAAAGUUGCUAAAUACCUUUGUCUAAAGUAAUGGCCAAAUUUUGACUAGAAAUUGUUACACUUGUACAGUUCUAAAUAAAACUUUUUUUUUUAUUCA